AUGGCGGAUGGACGUAGAUCUGUUUCGAAGACGACACAGGGAGAGGAACAGAAGGAAGAGAAAUCUGACCUUGAAAAAUUUAUGGAAUUAAUACUAACAAAAAUGGAAGAAAAUAAUAAUAAAAUAGAAACAAAAUUAAUUCACUUGGAUGAAAACAACAAGAAAAUGAGAAUAAAACUAGACGAGACUAGUCAAAAAGCAGAAGGAAAUAAAAAUAGUCAAAAAGCAGAAGAGAAUAAUAAAUCAGUAGAGCAGAAAUUAGAAGAAAAUAGUAAAAAAUCAGAAAGAAACAAUAAAUUAUUAGAACAAAGAUUAGGGGAGAAAUUAGAAGAAACAUUAGAGAAGAUGGAAUAUGAACUUGAGGAGACCUCUAAGAGACUAGAAGAACAGAUUGAACAAAGGGUAAGCAGGAGUAUUGGAGAAGUAAAAAUGUUAUAUGAAGAAAUGAUGAAUAAACAUGAAACAUUAGAAACAAAAUUAACUUCUGAAAAUCAAGAAAUAAUAAUUCAAAUACAACAGCAUAAAGAAAGAAUUAAUAUGGUAGAGGAAGAUAUGGAAAAGGAAGCAGAAUGGACGAACAAGAGAUUUAUGAUGGUAGAUGAAAAUAUAAAUGAAAUAAAGAAAGAACAGAAAACAUCUAAAGAAAAGGAGGAUCAAUUGGAAAAUAAAUGGAAGAUUGAAGUAAAAGAAGUGAAACAAGAAAUAGAAAAAAUGGAGAAGAAAAUAAGAAAUACAACAAAAGGAACAAUAAUACACACAAUUGAAACCUCAGAUAACAGGAUAUAUUUCAAUGGGGAUUAUAAAUCACAACAUCCAGUACCAUUCAUAAAGAUUCUCAUGACAAAAUAUUUACAGAUGCACGCAGAUGACAAAAAUAUUAUUGCCAAAAAAGAUCCCUUAAUUUGUCAGUAUACAUAUUCGUACAUAAAAGGCCGUCAAAGUAAAGGCAAUAUGGAUUUGGUAAGAAAGAAUAUGCGAAGACUUGCAAAACUCUUACACUUUGCAAGACUAAAAAAUCCAGAGAUUAAGAAACUUGUAGGUAUUCUUCGCCUAAAGAAUUUUCAACUAAUAAUUUCUGGAGUUAAUAAACUGGCAAAAUAUAAUCCAGAAACAGAAAAUUAUGAGUCACCAACGUUGGCCAUAAAUUUUGGGACAUUUAUAAAGAAAUCUUGCGACUUAGCAGAUAUUAAUCUUGUUCAGAUUGAGGACACAAGCGAUGAGAGAAAAGACCUUAAAAUAUUGAAAAAUCUUAUAGAAUCCCAAUGGUGCAAUUAA